UUGCGGCAGUUUCAAACCUGGAUCCGCGAGCUCAGUUGUUAUGAAGCUAACGUUAAUUUAACCAGAGACGUUACUGAGCAUUUUUGCUAUAACGUACAUUCACAACUACACACGUCCAACGAGCCAUUUUCCUAUCAAAUCUGCUGAGGAGUCUGAUAGAAAUGGAAGAAGGAGAGACCGUAUCGAUACCUUCCAGAAAAGAGCUGCGUAAGCAGAAGCUGAUGGAAUACUUGGCAGGAAAAGGAAAGCUGAAACAGCCCAACCCUAAGCCAUACCUCCGAGAUGGCUGUCAAGUUAAGAUUCCUAUCAUGUCUACACAGGUUGUUAAUGGAAAAGAGAACAAGGCUCCUGCUGACAGAUUAAGAUAUGAAAGUACAAAAACUCAAAACACUCAAUCUGCAAAACAUCCGGCCAAAGGUGCAUUUGGUAUCGCAAACAACGUGAAUGUAAAAGGCAAAAUCCUGACUGUACGACAGAAUACCAAUCGCCAAUCUGCAACCUCUGGCGUUGCACAGGCAAAACCUAAACAAAACCCUGUGCUGACAACAACGUACAACGCAGUGUCCUCCAAAUUCAACCUUAUCGCAGCCAGCCACCUCAAAAAGCAGCCAAACACCAGAAAACCGUCUUCAGCCAAAAACUCAGAGAGUACAGCUGUAACAAAAUCAAACAGCAAAUUUGGCGGCAGCUCGAAUGCUACCUGGUCAUGUCAAAUGAAGACAAACAGCGUCAGGGUGAGUCUUGGCCCUAUGGUCAAAACAAAAACUGGACUCAUUCCUACAGUGAUUCAGCCAAGAAACAGUCAGAACUUAACACACACCUCUUCAACAGCCGCUCAUACGAACACCGCCACCACAGCUUCUGUUGCUAACAAGGUGAGAUCCAGCACCUCGUCAUCAGUUUCUGUUUCCCAGAGGUCUGACCUAGCUCAGAGGAGAACACUACCUACCACUGCUCUAAAUAACACAGAGAGAACAAGAGCUGGGAUUCGAGUACAAAAUCAGAACAUGACUAACUCUAAACCACUUUUGGGUAAACCGCCAUCUUAUAAGACUCAGCUGUCAUGUGGACUGAAAUCAGUGUCCACCUCCUCCAAAUACGCAGCUAUUAGACCAGAAGGGAGAGUAGGGAUGUCAAAAUCUGUUAAAUCGAGUGGUCAACCUACAGUCACGUCCACAAAACAGACGGGGCAAAGAAAGGGCCAACAAUGCAAAGUCGUCCCCCCUACAGUCAUAGGGGUUACAAGAGCUGCUGUGGCUGAGCUGGCAGUGAAAUCUAAGACAUGCAAAAAGACAGAUGAUAAGAAGGGACACAUUUCAGCAAAUGCCCCUCCACCACAAGCAGGUUUUAAAAGAACAAGCGCUCCAGUGGUGUCCCAGACAGUGCCACGGGCUGGUAGGACCAUCAGCCACACCAGUCAGGCCACACUCACGAAGACUCCAAAGUUCCCGGUCAGGGUCAUUCCCCAGACGGAGGGAAAAAAACUGACUGCUGCCCAGGAGGAACGAAUGAAAAAGCUGCAGGAAUGGCGGGAAGCUAAGGGCAUUUCCUACAAGCGUCCCCCGAUGCCGGUGAAACCUGCGGUCAGACUCACUGUCGCCAUGCACCAGCCUUUCUGGGGCCCCAUGAAUGAGGAAGACGAGGCCCAUUCCCUCAUCUCUGCCGUGGACAGAUCCCUGGCUGACUGCAUCAUAUUGCUCGCAAAGGGCUGCCCUCCGGAGCAGGUGAAGGGGGUCCUCUCACGGCUGCCGGCUGUGUCCAAGAAGUUUGCCAAAUACUGGAUCUGCCAGGCCCGUCUGAUGGAGCAGGAGGGCAACAUGGAGGUCCUGCCAAUGUUCGAAGAGGCUGUUGGCGUUGUGCUGGAGCCAGUGGACGAGCUGCGGACUGUGGUGUUUGAGAUUCUGAAGAGAAAGGAAGAGAUCCAAGCGAAUGAGAGAGAGGAGGACCAAAUUCCAACAAACGAAGGCACUCCUGAGAGUAUCGACAUCCCGAUGACUCCUCAACCUGUCAGAGCCCUUAUCUUUGGAGAGAGAGGAGACUCAUCGGUGGUCAAGUACAAGAUCACAGCAACGCCUGGUGGCCCUCCGAGCCAACGGAAGGAACCGGUGAGGGUGAACGGCCAGGAGGUUCGCUUCUUCACUCCAGUCAGACGCUCGGUGCGAAUCGAGAGAUCCUCCCUCCGAUACCCGGCGUCUCUCCAGGAGCACGACCUCUGCGUGACCUCCUACGCUGACCUGAUCUCAGAGGAGGAUGCAGAGAGGAGUGAGGAGCAGGAGGGAGGGGAAACCAGCCCGUCGGCAGACAACACGCCCAUGUACGUCUACAGACAGAACGAGGCGCUUGAAGACAAGGUGUUCGUCAAGUUGGUCUACGAUGAAGACGUCUGACUUCAAUCACCACCAGUUUGUAUUCGAUGAAAAACUCAAAUGUUCAGCAUUCGUCACUGUUAACAUGACAGGGCGGGGGAAGGUCAAAUGUGCGUGCAUACUUUG